AUGCUAAAACCAGUUGGACCUAGACUCUACAUACUUUUAAAAUAUGAAGAGCAAAAAUACAAAGAUGUCACAUCAUCAGAGAAUGAACCAACUGAAAUAGAAAAGGAAACAUUGAAAUAUUACCUUAAAGAAAAUAUAACUCAACAAUAUGUAGUUGCUUCUGAACCAGCUUUCCAUAAGGAAAAAGGGAAACCAAGGGGAGAAAAGGAUCAAACUCAUGCUUGUCCAAAAGUUAAGAAAAUCAGGCCUGUGUCAUAUGAUAGAACAGAACCAAAAGAUGAUGAUGUGAUAAGACAUAUUAUUAGGCUAAGAGAAAAACUCGGUUGGCAAACUGUACUACCACAGCACAAUUUGAGAUAUAAUCGUUCCAAAAUUGCAAUUCAGAGGACUUUUCUAAAGGAACCUUUGAAUGAUGAUGGAGAAUUUGUAUAUUGUCUUCCUAGGAACAACCCUCAAGCCCUUUAUAAUCCAUAUGAUCUUCAGGUAGUCUCUACCCAUACAGCUAGACAUUGCCAAGAAUUUUGGAUUAUUACUGCUUCAUUUAUCUCAAAGGUUAUUAAAAGAGGUGGUGAUGUAGAAGAAGUAGAACUCAUAUCUGUUUUGGAAUGGCUUUUAGAAAGAAGAUGCUUCUAUUUAUUACAGCAAUUGAAGAUAUUUUCCAAUUUCCGAAUUAAUAAAGCAUUUGUUACUUGGAAAUUGAUUGUUAAAAGAAUUAAGACAGAAAAUAGCAGGUCAUUAUUGUACCGCCAUCUUUUUUGGGCUGAUGAGUUAUUUCAAGCCUGUUUGCUUUAUAUAAGAGGACUUUGUGAAGAUGCAAUUAAUCUCAAAAAAGAUAAUGACCUUAAAGAUAAUUCAUCUGCCAUAUGCCUUGUAAAGCUGGAUAGUACUCGAACAUAUUCUCUAGAUGAAUUUUGUGAAGAACAGUUACAGCAAACUACCCAGGCAUUGAAACAACUUGAGGAUAUAAGGGAUAAAGCAAUUUCAGAGAUGAAAAGUACAAUUUUAAAGGUUGCAGAAAAGGAAGAAAUUAAAGAGUAUUUUGAGUCAAAACUCUCUGAAGUUGACACAAAACAUUUCAAGCUGCCCAAAUGUCGACGUUUAUUAGAAACAAUUCUCAGGUUUCUGCUGCUGGUUGACUACAUGUUUCAGGAACUCAUCCGUGAACUUAUGAAUACUGCAGUCACACUACUUUUGGAAUUAUUUAGUGGUUCUGCUAGAAUGCCAUUUUCAAUGGAAAAAAAGAAUGAAAAUCUCAUCAGAACACUCAAGGACAACUAUUUUCCUACUGGAAAGAUAAAUGAUUGUGAAGAACUUGUUAAUAAUUCAAACUCACGUGCUAUUUCUGCUCUAAAGUCCGAAGUAAAAACAGACACUGAUUUUAAUGAGAUUUUGAAUAGUAUUAAAGUGGAGAUGGAUUUGAGAAAAAUAUACGCACCAGUAUUUGAAGUAAAUCUACGCUUGAGAAUUCCUGCUGAGAAUCAUUCUCCAGAAAAUUCUAAAGAGAACUUUCAUGAGUCUAAUGAGUGCCCUGAAAGAUGUGUGAUGUGUGAAGAAGAUGAAAUGUCAGAAAAUGAAGACAACUGUGUCAAAAAACACAUAAGUGAAGAACUGCUCCCCGAAGCAAAGAAACCCAAAAAAUAUAGUUACAACUCUGAAGAUAUUUUUUCAGACACAGAAAUUGCGACUGAGUUUGAGAAUAAACACAUGUAUGAUAAAACUUCGGAACUGCCUACAAAUCUCUUUAUAGAUCCCAACAGAUUGGAGUUUUCAAUAAAAAUUCAAAAUAUGGUGACUAACAUUGAAAAAUGUAUAACCACAAUUACUCCUCUUUGCCAAGAUUCUCGCUUGUCUGGCUUUAUGGAUUUGUUUUCAAUUAUGGAUUUACCUAAUAAGAUAGAAGGUAUAAUGCCAUAUAAGAAGCAGAACAGAUGGCCAGAUUGUCAGAUCCUUUUUGAAAUGGAUCCUGCCUAUCAAAAUAAGAUUGUGAAUCUCCUAACUAUUAUUGGUAAUUCAAUGGGCCUAGUUAAUGUUUACAGCUGCAAGUUUAUAAAGUAUUGUACCAUGGUAGAGAAUGCCAAAAUCAUGAGUAUGAAAAUAUCAUCUAUGGGAGAAUUAACUUCAACAGAUUUUAAAACUAUACUAAAUAAAUUCAGAAACUAUUUUAGACAUAUUGUGAAUAUGACCAUUGAGAAGCGCAUUGGUAUUUUCAAUGUUGUAAGUUUGGAUUAUCAGUCAGAAUGCUUACCAUAUGUUGACAACGUCAUACAUAUAAGCCAUGCCCUCUUGCGAUCUGUAAUUGAAAAAAGGAAUGCAAAUCUUUUGGAAGUUGUAGAAUCAUCAUUGCGACAGUUGGAAUGUGAUCCCACUGAAAUAGAAGAAUUUGUGGAACAUUUUACUUUUUUGGGUGCGAUUUCCUCAAACAUAUCUAAAUUAGAAAAAGAGUACUUAACAAUUUCUCAGCUGUAUUCUGUUGUAAGGCAUUACCAGAUCCAGAUUUCAGAAGAACAAAUUGCCAUAUAUAAAAUCCUUCUUAUCAAGUUUGGUCAACUGAAAACAUCUGUGAAGUUAACUGAAACAAAUAAAGAUGCUGCUAUAAGUAAAUUCAGAGAUAAUUUGGAAGCAUGUAUCACUGGUCUACGGGUUGACGUUAGUAAUUUAAAAACCAAAAUAAGAACUCCUGUUCUGUUGUGUGCUGGUACUCAAGUGUCAACAGCAAUGGAAAUGAUUCGCACUCUCUCAGAGGAAGCUGCAAGCUUAGCUAACAAAGCUAAAACAUAUUCAAACUAUCAGGAUCGUUUUGAUGAUUCCCAAUCUCAUAUGCAUUCUCUUAAUAUGGAAGAAAUUACGCAAAUUGUGCUUUCAGAGAUCUCUGACAUUGAAUGUGACUUAACUUUGAGGAAAAUAUUAUGGGAAGCACAAGAGGAGUGGAGAACACUCUUUUGGGAAUGGAGGAAUUGUACUCUUCAAAGUAUUGAUGUAGAUUUAAUACAGAGAAAUGUUUCAAAAUGGAUGCACAAAAUUUUCGUACUAGAAAAAGGUUUACCUAAAAACGAUAUGGUAGCACAUCUUAAGCAAUCAGUGACAGAUUUUAAACAAGAGCUGCCUAUCAUCAUAGCUCUAGGAAAUCCCUGUCUCAAGCCAAGGCAUUGGGAGGCUCUCCAGAGGAUUAUCGGAAAGUCAAUUUCCCUUGACAAAAACUGUACAAUAGAGAAUCUUCUAGCCCUCAAGAUGUUUCAGCAUGAAAAUGAAAUAAAUGAUAUAUCAGCCUCAGCAACUAAUGAAGCUGCUCUUGAAAAAAUGCUACUCAAGAUUAUUGAUCUUUGGAAUGUUACUCCUUUACAUUUAGCUCUUCAUCACACAGAGGUUUGCUCUAUCCUUAUAAUUUCAUCUGUAGAUGACAUAUUAGCUCAAUUAGAAGAGUCUCAAGUCAUACUUGCAACAAUUAAAGGAUCUGCCUAUCUUGGGUCCAUUAAGGAUCUUGUGAAUAAGUGGGAUCAAAACUUCUCUCUCUUCUCUUACACCCUCGAGGAAUGGAUGAAUUGUCAAAGAAACUGGCUUUAUCUUGAACCAAUCUUUCAUUCUUUAGAAAUACAAAGGCAGCUCCCAGCAGAAGCAAAACUUUUCUCUCAGGUGAUUUCCAUGUGGAGAGAAAUAAUGUCAAAAGUACAAAACAAACUGAACGCUUUGCAAAUAACAACCUCUGCAGGAAUCCUUGAAAUUCUGCAGAAUUGCAAUAUACAUCUUGAACAUAUAAAGAAAAGUCUUGAGGACUACCUUGAAAUUAAAAGAAUGGUUUUCCCAAGAUUUUACUUUCUUAGCAAUGCUGAACUUCUUGAUAUUCUAGCUGAUAGCAGAAAUCCUGAGUCUGUACAGCCUCAUCUUGUGAAAUGCUUUGAAAAUAUAAAACAAUUAUUGAUAUGGAAACAAGAAGUUGGCCCUCCUGCUGUAAAAAUGCUCAUAUCUGCUGAAGGAGAAGGUCUUGUGCUGCCAAAGAAAAUCCAUAUAAGAAGUGCUGUAGAACAGUGGAUGGUAAAUGUAGAAAAAAGCAUGUUUGAUGUGCUAAAAAAGUAUGUAAGUCAAGGGGUUGAAGACUGGAACUACCAGAUUUUUUCCAUAUGGGUGGUAUCUCACCCAGGACAAGUGGUACUCACUGUGAGCCAGAUCAUGUUUUAUAAUGAUUGUAUCAAAAGUUUUGUGAGUUCUCAUUCAAGAGAAGAGUUUGAAAAAGUCCGUGCUGGUCUGAUUUGUCAUCUGGAAGAAGUUGCAGAGUUGGUAGUGCUGGAUACUAUUAACUCACGAACAAAAGCUGUACUAGGGGCAUUAAUUACCAUUUAUGUUCACUGCAGGGAUAUAGUGAUAGACUUACUACUUAAAAAUAUCUUCAAUGCAGAGGAUUUUGAGUGGACAAGACAUCUGCAAUAUAAAUGGAAUGAAAAACAAAAGUUGUGCUAUGUAUCUCAAGGAGAUGCCAGCUUUACUUAUGGCUAUGAGUACUUGGGCUGUACCCAAAGAUUGGUCAUUACACCUCUCACAGACCGAUGCUGGCUAACUCUCACGGGAGCACUGCGCUUGAAUCUAGGAGGCUGUCCUGCUGGUCCAGCUGGUACGGGAAAAACUGAGACUGUCAAAGAUCUAGCAAAAUCCUUAGGCAAACAUUGUGUGGUCUUCAACUGUUUUGAGGAUUUGGAUUAUAAGGUAGUGAGAAAAUUCUUCUUUGGACUUGUUCAGUCAGGAGCGUGGUGUUGUUUUGAUGAAUUCAAUGGAAUGGAUGUGGAAGUUCUCUCUGUCACUGCCUCACAGCUACUGACAAUUAAGGCUGCAAAAGACAACUAUUCCGUCAGGUUUGUACUGGAGGGAAAAGAAAUUCGUAUCAAUAUGUCUUGUGCAGUAUUUAUCACCAUGAAUCCUGGAUACAGACGUCGAGUAGAGCUCCCAGAUAACUUAAAAUGUCUGUUUCGCCCAGUGGCAAUGAUGGUGCCCCAUUAUCAAAUGAUUGCUGAAAUAAUACUGUUUUCAGUUGGUUUCAAAUCUGCAAAAUCCCUCUCUAGAAAGCUAGCUAACCUUUACGAAUUAGCUAGCAAACAAUUAUCACAACAGGAUCAUUAUGAUUUUGGCAUAAGACCUCUGAAGACAGUUUUAAUAAUAGCUGGAAAGAAGAAAUGGGAGUUCAAAUGUGACAACAGUGACAAUCUUCCUGAAGUAGAUGAAACUGUGAUCAUUAUUGAGGCUAUAAGAGAAGCUAAUUUACCAAAAUUUCCUCUUGAAGAUGUACUACUUUUUGAAAAGAUUAUAGGAGAUAUUUUUCCUGAAGUGACAGUUUCAGAAUUAAAGGAACCAGCCUUGGAGAAAGUAAUAUCUAUUGCAACACAACAAUUAGGUUUACAAAAUUGGCCCUCACAGAAAGAGAAGAUCAUACAGUUUCAUAAUCAGCUUCAGGCUUGCGUUGGUGUGAUGUUAGUGGGCCCAACAGGUGGAGGAAAAACAACAGUCAGAAGAAUUUUAGAAAAAGCAUUGAUACUAUUACCAAUUGUAGACUUGUUAUCAGUUGAAGGAAGGGAAUCUGCUUCAAAGAUUCCAGGUAAAAAAGGAAAAGUAGAUGUAUGUGUUUUAAAUCCAAAGUCUGUCAGUCUUGGUGAACUAUAUGGACAACUGGAUCCUAAUACUAUGGAAUGGACUGAUGGAUUACUAUCAGCAACAAUUCGAAGUUAUGUGUGCUUUAAGACUAUAAGGUACUCAAAGAAAGACAUUGAUCUCGGACAAAAGUCAAGAAUCUCAGAUUUAUCUGAUGUUUUCAGACUUGAUUCCUCUGAUAUAGCAGGUAUUGGUGAUAAUAUUUUGGAGGAGAUACAGAGAGAUGUUAAAAUUCCAGAAAGUCACAAUUUUGAUUGGCAGUGGAUUAUCCUGGAUGGUCCAGUUGACACCUUAUGGGUAGAAAAUCUAAACUCUGUGCUAGAUGACCCUAGAACAUUGUGCCUAGCGAACAGUGAGAGAAUAGCUUUAACUAAUAAAAUAAGAGUGAUUUUUGAAGUGGACAGUCUCUCUCAGGCCAGUCCUGCUACUGUCAGCCGAUGUGCAAUGGUUUAUAUGGAUCCUGUUGAUUUGGGAUGGGAGCCUUACGUUAAGUCAUGGCUUUUAAAAACUUCUAAAAUUAUGAGUCAAUCUGGAGUGGACUGUCUUGAAUUCAUGAUUAAAAAAAGCGUCACAGACGGACUACAGUUUAUAAAGAAGCAUCAGAAAUUUCAGCCAUAUCCUAGACCAGACUUAACAAUUGUCAUAACCCUCUGCAGAAUUCUUGAUGCAUUCUUUGAAUUCAUGAGUCAAAAUGGAGGAUUUGGACAAAGUGAGGAUUUGAUUGAUACUUCAACUAAGGAGACAAAUUCCCCAAAAGUUUCUGUCAAAUUCAAGGGUACAGAAAAGAGGGAUGAAAACACAUGGUAUCUGGAGAAAAAUCCUGAUAAAUUAACAAUAAUGAUGCAAAAGCUUUUUGUGUUUGCAUUUACUUGGGCAUUUGGAGGAACUUUAAAACGUGAAGAUGAACAUGAAGAUGAUAUACUGUUUUGUUCAAAUUUUGAAUAUAGUCCUCUCGCAAAAGUAACCUAUAAUUUUGACAACCUUGUUCAUGAAUUAUUUGAAAACAAUUCAGAAAUAGGUAUCAACCUACCAACUGGUGAACGUUCUAUAUUUGGGUAUUUUGUGGAUAUACAGCAAUGUGAAUUUAUACCUUGGUCAGAUUUAGUUCCUAGUGAUCAGACACUAAUUCAAAGAGGGACUUCAUUACUAACGGAUCUUCAAGGAUCUACUGAAAACCUCUUGAGGAUGGCAGAAUGUGGAGAGGGCGUUACUUUUACUGCCACCAGAGACACAACCUGCCUUUCUUUUCUCAUGAGCCUUCUUUUAAAGAAUUCCUGCCCUGUACUUCUCACAGGAGAGUCUGGUGUUGGGAAAACUGCUACCAUCAACCAAAUGCUUGAAAAGUUAGAGGGCCCAGGAGCAUUCAGCAUAAAAUAUGGGUCAAUUUUAGGAGAUGUCCUAUUAUAUAAUGCAAUUAAAAAAUCAAGGUUCCUAAGACAGAAUAUCAGCAUCUUGAUUUCUGACACUCAUAAGACAGCAACUGGAAAUCCAGAUAAUACUACUAAAAAUCCGGAAGUUAGAACUGAUGAAAGUUCAUUUAGAAAUAACAAUAAUAAUAAAGGAAUUAUAGCCUCUACAAUAAAUUUUUGCACCAAUACGACAGCCACCAAAACCAAGGAGUUGAUUCUUAAGAAGUUAGUAAGAAGAACUAAAGACACUCUUGGAGCACCAAAAAACAACAGGAUUGUAGUAUUUAUUGAUGACAUGAAUAUGCCAGUAUCAGAUAUGUAUGGAGCACAGCCACCCCUGGAAUUGAUCAGACAAUUAUUAGAUUUGGGAGGGAUUUAUGAUACUGAAAAAAAUACAUGGAAGAGUAUUCAGGAUCUGUCUGUAGUUGCAGCUUGUGUUCCAACUGGUGGGAAUGACAUUAGCCCACGUCUCCUCAAACAUUUCUCCAUACUGGUAUUGCCUCAUCCUCCACAAAGUGCCUUACAUACUAUUUUCCAGGCCCACUUGGGAAUGUAUUUCUCCAUCAAUAACUUCACAGCCGAUGUUAAGAAAAGUAAGGAUCAGAUAAUAUCUUGUUCCCUAGCUAUAUACUAUCAAGUAUGUCAGAGUAUGUUACCAGCUCCAGCAAAAUGCCACUACAUGUUUAAUCUUCGAGAUGUGUUUAAGCUUCUGCUAGGAUUGUUGCAAGCUGACAAGGCUGUUAUUAACUCCAAAGAGAUGGCUGCUCUGCUCUUUGUUCACGAAGCCACCCGCGUGUUUCACGAUCGCUUAAUUGAAGCUGCUGAAAAAAGCCUUUUUUAUCAUUUGCUUUCAAAGGAACUUGAGAACUAUUUUCAGAUUCAGUGGACCCCAAAAAAACUGAUGACUGAUUCAACUGUAUUUGUAGACUUCUUGGAUAUAAAUAAGUCGCAUAGAAAAAGGAUCUAUCAGAAUACCAAUGACUACGAUAAACUUGCCAGUGUACUUGAUGAAUUCCAAAUGAAGUUAAGUUCAACAUCUUUUGAGAUUUCUCAUUCCAUGGUGUUCUUCAAGGAAGCCAUAGAACACAUCACAAGAGCAGCAAGGGUCCUUCGACAGCCAGGGAGUCAUAUGUUACUGAUUGGAAUAGAUGGAUGUGGAAAAGAAAUUUGUACAACCUUGGCCUGUUACUUGACAGAACACAAACUAUACCGAGUGCCUAUAUCUUACAAUUAUGCUUAUGUAGAAAUCAAAGAGGUAUUUAAAAAGGUGUUUAUUCAAGCAGGAUUAGAAGGGAACCCCACUGUUCUGUUGGUUCUUAAUUUAAACCUAGAACAAGAAUCAUUUUUGGAAGAUUUGAAGUGCAUAGUCAAUUCAAGAAAAAUACCUGACUUGUUUGAAAAUGAGGAGCUAGACUCCAUCGCAAUUAGGAUUAGAUCUCUUGCUGAACAGUCUGGUCGAAUGGAUGACAGGCAAUCUUUACUUUCAUUCUUCCAAAAGAGAAUACAUAAAAAUCUUCAUAUUUUUAUGAUCAUGAGUCCUGCAGGACCUAACUUCCACCAAACUUGUAGAGUAUAUCCUUCUAUAAUUAGCUCCUGCACAAUCGAUUGGUACAAGAGGUGGCCCGAAGAAGCUCUUCUGAUUGUAGCCAACUCAUUUUUAAGAGAGAAGUUGAACUUAGAGAACAGAGAGAGUGUAAAAGAAAAGCUUGCCCCAACAUGUGUCAAAAUCCACAAAAGUGUAAAAGACUUGGCCCCAAAAUACUUUCAAGAAAUGGGAAGGCAUUAUUAUAUCACUCCCAGUAGCUACUUGCAAUUCAUGGAAACCUUUGUAUAUAUUUUGAGGUCACGAGAGAAGGAGAUGCAAAGGAAGAGGGAUCGUUUUUAUAUAGGUCUAUCCAUGAUCCUGGAAGCAACCACACUGGUUACAGACAUGCAGGAGGAGCUCUUGAUUCUUAGCCCUCAAAUAGAACAAAAAACAAGGGAAACAGAAAUCCUAAUGGAAAAACUACAGAAAGAGUCACAAGUAGUUGAGAAAGUUCAGAUGCUUGUUAAACAAGAUGAAGAAAUUUUAGCAGAAGAAAUAAGAAUUGUAGAAGAUUUUGCUCAGAAAACUGCCAAUGAAAUAAAAAAUGUGAUGCCAGCUUUAGACAAGUCAAUUUUGGCUCUAAAUACCCUGGAUAAAGCUGAUGUUGCUGAAUUAAGAGUAUACACCCGACCUCCCUUCCUUGUACUGACUGUCAUGAACGCAGUAUGUAUUCUUCUACAAAAGAAACCUAACUGGACAACAGCGAAGUUACUUCUUUCAGAAACUGGUUUCCUUAAAAAAUUGAUUAACCUUGACAAGGACAGUAUACCUGAUAAGGUUUUCAUGAAGCUGAAAAAAAUUUUAAUCUUGCCUGAUUUCAACCCAAACAAGAUUGCUAUGGUUUCUGUUGCUUGUUGCUCUAUGUGCCAGUGGGUUAUAGCUUUGAAUAACUACCACGAAGUACAGAAGCUGGUGGGCCCUAAACAAAUCCAAGUAGCUAAAGCUCAAAAUGUCCUUAAAAUUGCACGGCAAAGGUUGGCUGAAAAACAAAGAGGUUUACAGCUGAUUGAGGAACAUUUGCUGUUUCUGCAGACAGCCUACAAAGAUAUUGUUGCUGAAAAACAACUAUUAGCAAAUCGGAAAGCACAGGCUAGCAGGCGCUUGCAGUGUGCAUCUGUCCUACUAACUGUCCUAGAAGAUGAGAAGACUCGAUGGGAAGAAAUGGUCAAUCAAAUAGACAACAAAUUGCAAGGAAUUUUGGGUGACAUACUUCUUUCAGCAGCAUGCAUUGUCUACAGUGGAGUUUUAACACCUGAAUUUCGCCAAUUGAUUGUGAAUAAAUGGGAGGAUUUUUGCAUUGAAAAUAGCAUUUCUUUGUCUUCCAACUUUUCUUUAGUUGAAGUUAUGGCACAAAAAUAUGAGAUCCAACGAUGGCAUAGUCAGGGGCUACCUCUUGGCCAGUAUUCAGUGGAGAAUGCCAUCUUGAUCAAGAAUGGCCAACGGUGGCCACUGUUGAUUGACCCACAUAAACAAGCACACAACUGGAUUCGUCAAAUGGAAGGAUCCAGGCUGCAGGAGCUCUCCACUGAGGAUAGCAAUUACACCAAAAAAAUUGAAAAUGCUAUGAAAACAGGAGGGAGUGUCCUCUUGCAGAAUCUCCAUGAAACAUUAGCUCCACCUUUAAAGGCAAUUUUGAAGAAAGAUAUCUACCAGAAAAGAGGACAAUAUUUCAUAAGAGUUGAUGAUUCUGAGGUUGAAUACAAUUCUAAAUUUAGGUUAUACUUAUCUACAGAAACAGACAAUCCGCAUUUUCUUCCAUCCGUUUAUACCUUUGUUACUAUGAUAAACUUCACGGUAACAUUCCAAGGUUUGCAAGAUCAACUUUUAUCUACUGUAGUAACUCAUGAAGUUCCUCAUUUAGAGAAUCGACGUCUUCAGUUAUUGGAGAGUAUUUCCCUUGAUGCGAUAACUCUUGAAGAGCUGGAGGAAAAAACAUUAAAUUUACUGCAGAACGCACAAGGGGGUGCAUUAGAUGAUGAGGAAAUUGUAGAAACCUUAAGAAAAUCCAAACUGACUGCAAAUGAAAUUUCAAAGCGCAUCAAAGCAACAAAAAAAGCAGAAGUUGAAAUCCAAGCAACACGUAAAAACUAUCUCCCCAUUGCUACUCGAGGUACCCUGCUCUACUUUCUAGUGACUGGUCUUACACAAAUCAACUACAUGUACCAGUUCUCCCUAGACUGGUUUCGGCAGAUUUUUGUUUCUUCAGUAGUUUCCAAAAGCAAAGAACAAGAACAUAGUUUCAAAGAAGACAAAACGUCUUUGAAAAAAGUUCAUGAGAUUACAAAUAUUUCAAAAGAACCUCACUUGGAAAAUGAGAAAAAUCCCUUAGACAGGUGUAUUAAAAAUACAAUAGAUGUAUUGACAAGAAAUAUUUUUAAGGUGGUUUCUUCAGCUCUAUUUAAUGAAGAUAAGCUUUGUUUCUCCUUUCGGCUUUGCACUACAAUCAUGCAAAAUAAUGCUAAUGGAAAUCUAAUGCAGGAUGACAUUGGAUCCCUACCAGAAGAAGAAUGGAACAUCUUUUUAUAUUCUGGCAUAUUGACAAAUAUUAAAAGUGUACUACCCCACCCUAGACUUAAUAGCAUAUUCGAAAUAUGCAAAAGUCAGCAUCUUCAGUGGCUGUCGAAUUCCAGGUGGAAGCAAUGUCAGUAUGUCAGCAGUCAGCUGGAGCCCUUUUCACUUCUGUGCAAAUCCCUUUUAUCAAAUGCAUCACAAUGGGAUGCUUUUAAGAGUAGUAAGGCUGUAUAUUCUCUGAUCAGCACAGCUUUCUGUUCAGAAAAUGUUUCACUGGAGGAAAGUAUGAAAUCACCAGAAGAAACUGAACUUUUGAAUGAAAAUGAAGAAAUGUGUAAUCCUAUAAAUUUUCCCUGGGAGAAACUCACUCCAUUUCAAAGACUUAUUUUGAUAAAAAUUCUUAGACCAGAAUGUUUAAAGAAUUCAGUAAGAAAGUUUGUAACUGAAAAAAUGGGAAAUGAAUAUCUUCCUAGAACUGCAGUUAGUUUGAAAGAAUUAUAUAAAGAAUCCAAUGCCAGAACUCCACUGAUACUUAUCCACUCUCAUGGGACUGACCUCACCAAUAUUCUCCUGAGAUUUGCUCAAGAGUUAAAAGGAACAAUGCAUCAUGUGACCAUAAUUUCUCUGGGCCGUGGCCAGGCAGCGAAAGCUGAAGCCCUCCUUGUUAAGGCAUUAACCCAGACGCAACAGUGGGUCUUCCUCCAGAACUGCCACCUUGCAGCAUCAUUCAUGCCAAGGCUCUGCACUAUUGUAGAAUCAUUUAAUAGUCCAGAUGUGACAGUAGACCCUGAGUUCAGGCUCUGGUUAAGCACAAAAACAGACAGUUCUUUCCCAGUUCCAAUCCUUAAAAGGGGUUUAAAGAUUGCCAUGGAGUCUCCCCAGGGAUUGAAAAGUAUUUUACUUCAGACGUUUGGAUAUAGGUGGAGUGGAGAGGUAACAGAAGAGAUAUUUGAAAACCCUGACUGUGGACAAUGGUGGAAAAAACUUUUAUUCAGCCUAUGUUUUUUCAAUGCUGUGAUCAAUGAACGAAAAAAUUAUGGAAUAUUGGGCUGGAAUAUUGCUUAUAAAUUUAAUUCUUCAGACUUGGAGGUUGCCAUAAAGGUGUUGGGAAAUGUCCUGAAGGCACAGUCCAGUAUUCCGUGGCCAGCACUACGCUACCUGAUCGGGGAAGUGACUUACGGAGGCCGGGUGACUGAUAAGUGGGACAAGCGAUGCUUGAAGACCCUUCUCUACAAAUUUUGUAAUCCUGAAGUGCUAAAAGAUGACUUCAGUUUCUCUAGUAAUGAGAUAUGUCAGCCAGUGCCGAAAUCUGCAAGCAUAAAGGACUGCAUAGAUAUUAUCAAGUCCUUACCUGACGAUGACCCUCCUGAGGUUUUAGGAAUACACCCUGAGGCCACAAGGAGCUGCAAGGAGACCCAGAGCCAGAAGUUCAUUGAAAGUCUCAUUGCCAUACAACCAAGAAUGACCACUGCCAACUUCAUGAUCAGUCCUGAGCAGAGUAAUGACGAACUGGUGAUGGAAAUUUUAUCUAACACACUAACACGGCUGCCACUGACAGUGGAGAAAGAAGAAAAUGCUGGAACUCCAAGCACAUUGAAGAACACCAUGGCAAGCCCUAUUUGGGAGUCUCUUUAUAAAAAUCUCCAAGAUCAUGAUCACCUUAUCCAUUGUGUCUUGCUAACCUUUCUGAGCCAAGAAAUUGGACGAUUUGAUAAGUUAUUAUCUGUCAUACAUAAUUCUUUGAAAGAUCUUCAAUGUGCUGUAAAAGGAGAGAUCGUCCUCUCCCAAGAACUGGAGGAGAUAUAUGACUCUCUUCUUAACACGAGAGUGCCUGCACUGUGGCAGAAACAUGCCUACAAGUCAAGUAAGUCCCUGAGUUCCUGGAUUAAUGAUCUCAUCCAGCGAUUGAAUUUCUUCAAUACCUGGGCUAAAAUGGCCAACACUGCAAUACAUCAUAGGUACAUGAGCUCUAUCACAGCUUGGAAGCACUCUGUUCCAUCAGCUAACCAAAAAUCCAAACACCAUGCCGAUCCAGGAGAUAAUUUCUUUGAAGGUUUUCCUGCAAGAUACUGGCUUCCAGCUUUCUUCUGUCCACCAGCCUUUCUUACUGCUGUGCUUCAAGACUAUGGGAGGACCCAGGGAAUCUCUAUGGAUGUCCUCACUUUUACCCACCGUGUGAUUUCUGACACCACUGACGUCAAAGAUGAGGAGUUCUCCAUUAUUAUCCAAAAGAAACUCAACACCAUCACGCGAGCCUUUAAGGGCUCAGACCCCUCCUCACACACUGGAGUUCACGUUUUUGGUUUAUUCAUCGAGGGGGCAAGGUGGAAUCAUGAAGAAAACAUACUAGAAGAUUCUCUACCGCUUGAGAUAUGUUGUGAUUUUCCCGACAUACACUUUUUGCCAACAAAGAUUUCUACUGAAACACCAAAUGCUUCUAACCAGACAGAUUCAGAACUCUAUACUUUUGAAUGCCCCGUUUAUCAGACACCUGAGAGGUCAAGAAUUUUGACAACCACUGGUUUAUCAACAAAUUUUUUAACAUCGGUGUAUUUAUCCACGAAGAAACCUCCUAGUCACUGGGUCACAAUGCAGGUUGCAUUGCUGUGUGAGAAGAAUGAUUGA